UUUAUUAAGUCUCAGCCUUUGUUGUUUCAUUGGUUUGAGAUUCACUCAUACAUGAAACUUGUUUCAUUCCAGCUUUUCCAAACUAUAAGAAUAUUUCCAAUCUUAUCUUGUAAUAGUUUAAGUUUUAAAUUGAAAGCCCUUAGUUCAAAAAACAAAAACAAAAUUAGCCCUUGAAUUUAUAUAUAAUCACGACGGCCAUAUUUGGCAGCUACACUGAUAUGUUUUCAAUUGGCUGACAGGCCUUGAGCAGGGUUUGCUGGGUAUAUUGGUAGGAAGAUGUGUUGCGAGGUUGAAGCCUCAUUUAGGCAAUAUAAACAUGAUCAUUAGCGUUAUGUCAUUAGUUAUACUUAUACGUAGACUAAGUAACCCACUAAAGGUUGCUGAUUCCUUUUGUAUCGACUAGUAUCAUUAUCUACAUAUAAAGCACUGAAUUUUAAUUUCUAAUUUUUGUAAAAAAUUUGUAUAACCUCAAAUUAUUAAAAGGCGGAUUUUAUUAGAAUUAUAACUAAAUUAUCUAUAACUCCAAAAUUUUGACAAUCAAUCAUGUCUAUAUCUUUAUUUUUUUGCUAAAUUAUCAUGUCUAUAUCUUUUCUUUCUUCCAAACUUACUUGAGAUUAAAAGUCUUUAUAAAUUUUGAUAGGAGUUCCACACACAAACAAAAACAAAACAAAUAUUUUUCAUCAAGGGAUACUUAUUUAACAUCACGGAUUCACAGUUUAUUAACAAAAAUCCAAACAAAGACUGAAAGACAGAAGAUUCAAUCUAAUAAUAGUCGGCAAACACCAGUGAUUAACUAACGAAAUAAAUUAACAAGUGGUCAGAUCUUCCAUCCUCGUUAAAAGAAAAUGAAUCAAUAAAGUUUUUAGUGCAAUACUGACCGAGAACAUUAAAUCCACGUGAAACACGUGGGUUCCUUUCCUGGUCCCGAAAAUACUGUUGUGUGUCUGUACAUGAUAAAAGUACUAGUGUGCCCUCGUUUUAUACACACUAUAAAAAAACCCUAAGAGCAUCUCCAACCACUAACACCAUUUUAGUGUCAAAACCACAUUAUUUUAGUGUAAUUUCAACACUAAAACAAAAAUCUUCUCCAACCAUAACACUAAACUCCACACUAAAACUAUUUUAUAAUAUUAUAUGUAUUAAAUUUUUUAUUUAUCAUUUAUUUAAUUGUAUGUUAUAGUAAUAAAAGAAGUGAAUAGUGUUUUAGUGGGAUGAAUAGUGUUUUAGUGUGGUGAAUAGUGUCACACCAAAUUUGGUGUCAAAUUUUAGUGUUACACUAAAAUAGUGUGAUUUUUGCAGUUCCAUUGGAGAUAAUUUGAUGUAAAAAUUACACAAAAUAGUGUUUUGCAGUUCCUUUGGAGAUGGCCUAAGCACUGAAACCCCAAAUCAUCAGUCUUUAAAAAAAUACAAAAGAGAGUUAAAAACAAAAUGGAAGAAUGUAAAAGAAACUUAGUAGAUGAAGAAGCCAAAGCUUCUCUAGACAUAUGGAGAUAUGUCUUUGGGUUUGCAGAUAUAGCAGCUGCAAAAUGUGCCAUCGAUCUUAAGAUUCCAGAAGCCAUUGAAAACCAUCCUUCCUCACAGCCCAUGACACUAGCUGAGCUCUCCUCUACAGUCUCUGCCUCUCCAUCACAUCUCCGCCGUAUAAUGAGGUUUCUUGUCCACCAAGGAAUCUUCAAAGAAGUCCCCAUAAAAGAUGGUCUAACCACAGGCUACACUAACACGCCACUCUCUCGCCGCAUGAUGAUCACAAAACGUGACGGCAAAUCGCUAGCUCCUUUUGUUCUCUUCGAGACAAGUCACGAGAUGCUAGCUCCGUGGUUAAGACUGAGCUCAGUUGUCUCUUCUCCGGUCAACGGUUCACAUCCACCGCCGUUUGAUGCUGUGCACAAUAAGGACGUGUGGGCUUUAGCAGAGGAUAAUCCGUGCUUUAGCGAGAUGAUCAAUGAGGCCAUGGCUUGUGACACAAGACGCGUGGUACCACGUGUUGCCCGAGCUUGUCACGACUUGUUUGACGGCGUGGCUACGGUGGUGGAUGUAGGAGGUGGUAACGGAGAGGCGGUGGGAAUAUUGGUGAAGGAGUUUCCUUGGAUCAAAGGAUUUAACUUUGAUCUUCCUCAUGUUAUCGACGUUGCUCAAGUCUUGGAUGGUGUUGAAAAUGUUGGAGGCGAUAUGUUUGAUUCUAUUCCAAAGUGUGACGCCGUCUUCAUCAAGUGGGUGUUACACGAUUGGGGAGACGAAGAUUGCAUUAAAAUAUUGAAGAAUUGCAAAGAAGCAAAUAUUGGAAAAGUGUUUAUAGUGGAAUCUAUAAUUAGAGACAAGAAAAAGACGAUGAUGGUGGAAGAAAGAGAUAAAAAGUUAAGAGUAUGUCAGAUUGAUGCUUGAUAUAGCGAUGAUGGCUCACACAACCACAGGCAAAGAACGAACUCUGAAAAAGUGGGACUUUGUU